AUGAAGUAAAAACUAGCUAUAGACGAUACCACGAAACUUAUGACGGGAUGGUUGAAUGCGGACAAAACACUCAAAAUGCUGUCUUCUCUAUCAUUUUAUAUGUCAUUGUCUCAGUAUUUUAUCUUUGUACGAAAGAAGCCGUGCAAGGUGCCCCGAUAGCAUUAGAUGUCUCUCGAGUUCGUAUCAAUCCACUGGAGUGUUAUGAUAGGGUCAAAUCGUGCUCAAAAGAAGCUAAAAAUGGAUUCUGCGCGUCCAACUAUCAUUACAUGAUUGACAGAUGUCCAUGGAGCUGCCGGUUCUGCAGAAAAGCUGGAGGAGAUACUGACAAAUGUGAAGAUAUCGAUCAGCACUGUCCAGAAUGGGUGUCAAACAAUGAAUGCGCGACGCGACCAGACUACAUGGCUCAGAACUGCAAAAAGAGCUGCGAGAUGUGUGGUCCAGAAAGCGAGUACAAAGUGAGUGACUCGGAACCCAGUUGUCCAAUCUGGGCCAAAGCUGGUUGGUGCCAGAAAAAUUCAGACCUGCUUAAAAAAUGUCCGCACAGUUGUCAAAAGUUCGGUUAUAUGGGUGCAAAUUCCAUGGAAGAACGCUACAUAACAGUCAACUUUCAGAAUACUUCACAAGUAACAGCCACAAAUGUCACUGAUUUUGCUGCACCCCCGCCGCCAUCUGCUGCUAUUCGUCCUCAUUCAGAACUGGAAUCGCUUCCUGCCGACCUGAAGUCGGUUCUCGAAAAGGAAUGGUGGAACUCAAAACUGUUACAACUGACUCAAAAGCAAAAUGAGUAUGUGACUCACCCAGAGCUACGCCAACCUUCUUUUCCACUGUACACGAACAGCUCUGCUCAGUCAGGUAACAACACUCUAUUAGGAAGAAAACAGAUCAACGGAUCCCAAGUGCUAACAAACUCGACAAGUUCACAAGGGUUCAUAAAUCAGUCAUCAAUAUUGCAAGGUGGAAAUAAACAAGAACAGUUGAACGAACCUCCUGCCCCUGCUCCUCCUCCUCGACCGUAUGACUCUCUUCUUCCACAACUAGCCGUCAGUGGUCUGACAUGGAAUGGUAAACGAAAAAAGGCGGAAGAAAAUCAGGCUGAUGGACAAACAGCUCAGAAGACUGAAUCAAGUCAAGACGUAAUAUGGAAAGAAGAAAAAGAGGAAGACGAGGAUUUAGAAGCCGAAAAUGGUCAACAAAAAGAAGAGGUUCCUGUGAUAGUUUCAGGGAAUGAUGAAAUUUCAAGUGGCCACGAACCGAGGAUUGAAAUGCUUCCGUUAGGUAAUAAAGAAGUGAAGCACGCGAAAACACACGAGAGCCAACUAACAACUUCGGGUGAGAAUUUUGAAAACUAUCACGAGAAUACGGAAGGACACGUAACGUCUUCUUCUGGAAGUGGCGAAGAGAUGGAUUCAGAAGAACAACAUGAUGUAUCGAUGUACAACAGUCCCGAAAGUACUCAAGAAGGCGAUGUAAAACAGGUCUUUCCAGAAAGUGACAUUUCUGGGAGCGGGCAGCAUUCAGCGCAGGAAAUUGAUGACAAUGAGACCAGCUCAGAUGGAAUUAGACGGGAGGACAAUGUCAAACAAGGCUUUCCCAAAAAUAACAUCCGUAGUGGCAGUCAGCUUUAUAAACAGGAAAGUGGUGACUUUGAAUCCAGUUCAUCUGGUAGUAACCAGUAUGAGGACGAUGUAACGUUCUCUGGGAGUGGAGAGUAGAGCAUUAGGGGUAGCCUAAAUAUCUAAUUUGGAAGAGUAAUAAAUAGACAUUUCCUUAUGCUCAAUUAUUUUCCAUUUUGUCUGGUUCCUUUUAUUAAGUUAAACGUAGUUUUGAUCUUAAAACGGCGAAGCGGAGUUGAGAAAUUUGAUAGGGGGUUUGAAGCCGUUGGAUCAUUCAUAAGUCAAAAUUAGUUCAAUACACACGACAAAGGACAAGAAAAGAGAUAAGAUUUUGGCAUUUCCACGUCAUAAAACAUUGUGAAAGGUACCAACAUGGGUGAGCUUGCACUGUAUUGCUGACUAUGUUACUGUUUUUAGCUAAUGACUUUGGAAAUUAAAUUGUAAAUGAGUGUAAUAGUAGACAGGAAUAUCAACCGGUUCAGAUGUAAAUUCCAGAGGUAUGUUUUGUACUAAAUGUGAUAUGAACAACCAAAACGUAGUUAAUUUGACCUAUACAAUCGUGAUUAUGCAUGCUCAAAGCAAAGUUUAGCUUUAUACAGAUGGUUUUUCUUCUUUUAAUUUCAGGGUUGUACUAUAGAGAAAUCUAAAACGGCAUA